GAAUGUCGAAUCGUGUGUAAUGCCAGUGUCAAUAUAAUUACGUCUGCCUGCUUCUCGGUUGUAAUACUCCAUAAUACGCCAUUAAAUUCACUUAAAGCAGUGUAAAUUAUGCGGAAUUUCUGUUAAAUGGAAAUGUUCAUUUUGUUUUUGUUUUUGUACCAGAGGGUCGAUUUCACAGCAGGAAAUGACCAACUCUCAGAAUCUGAAGGAACUGAAACCAAACACAACUCGUCAUUUUACUUGAAUCUACUCAGCAAGAGAUUCCAGCACACGUACGCCAGUCUGGAAGAGUAUACACAAGUCAGACUCAAUUUCGAAAACUCUCUCAAGAGGCACACAUUUUUGAACACAAAGCCUAGGGAAGCCAGCAACAGCUCGGCCAGAUAUGGUGUGAAUCAGUUCUCGCAUUUAUCUCCGCAUCAGUUCAGAGACCUGUACUUGCGAGCCAAGGCUGAGGUUGUCCCUCCCUUUAACAUCAGCAGUCUGAAUCACAGCAGCCAUGUGGCCAGAGAGCUGCCUGCCCGCUUCGACUGGCGUGACGAGGGGAAAGUGGGGCCGGUGCAGAACCAGGGAACGUGCGGGGGCUGUUGGGCCUUCAGCAUCGUCGGGGCGACCGAGUCGGUCAGAGCCAAAGAUGGCCAUCCCCUUGAGGAGCUAAGUGUCCAACAGGUCAUCGAUUGCUCGUACAAGGACCAGGGCUGUGAUGGGGGCUCCCCAGUCCGAGCCCUCGCCUGGCUGAAGGAGACCCAGGAGAAGCUGGUGAAGAAGCUUGACUACCCUUAUAAAGGAGAGUCUGGAUUGUGCCAUUUCUUUGCCCAGUCCCACAGUGGUGUGGCAGUGAACGGUUUCAAGGCACAGGACCUCAGUGAUGAGGAAGACCUCAUGAAGCAGUGGCUGGUGGACUACGGGCCUCUGGUGGUCACGGUAGAUGCGAUGAGCUGGCAAGACUAUCUGGGCGGAGUCAUCCAGCAUCACUGCUCCAGCCGCAGUGCCAACCAUGCAGUACAGGUCACUGGAUACGACACCACAGGCGAUGUGCCGUACUGGAUUGUGCGUAACUCCUGGGGCACUUCCUGGGGCGUGGAUGGUUAUGUGCACAUCAGGAUCGGCGGCAACCUAUGUGGUAUCGCGGACACCGUGGCGGCUGUGUUUGUGUGAGGGGUUGUGUGUGUGAGAUAGUGGUCCAAAGGGAUAGUUAACCACCAAACUGUGUUUGUGUGAGGGGUUGUGUGUGUGAGAUAGUGGUCCAAAGGGAUAGUGAACCAUCAAACUUGGCACUUCAUCAAAGGGAUCAAAUGUCACUGUACUCCGCCUGGUAUGAAGCACUUGAAGUUCAUUUUUGGCAUAUUUAAUGGGUUAAGGGGGAACAGCACCAGCACAUGAUGAAGGGAGGUCUACAGGAUUAUGUCUCUGUGUGGCAGUAUGUCUUAAUAAACCAUCAUCCUUGGUGAGGAAAGUGGGUAAAGAUGAUACAGUUUUCAUAAUUUCUUAGACAAUGUCAAAAGUUACAGAAUAGUU